AGGUGAGUUUCCUAAUGUUUAUCCGAAGAUUGUAAUUAUAAUAAAUCUGAAAGAAUCUAUAUAUUACGUUUUCUAUUUAUUACGAUACAAAGUCAUUUCAUAUUAGGUUUACCUGUUGCACAGUACAGGCCUUUAAUGACUGCGGUAAAAUUACCGAUUGAAUCACUUGUUACGCCAAUCAUUGAUUUAAAGCCUUACAGAGAUCCGGUUAGAUUUAGAUACUCAGCUAUGGAAGAUCCAACAAUUGAACCUGCCAAGACCAUGGAUCUUUUAAAAAUUCCAGAAACUUGUUCUUUCUGGGAUGAGCCAUUCAAAGGCUGCUCUGAAUAUGUGGAUGCCAUUAGCAAAAUAGGUUUGAGCAACAUGAAAAAUCAACAAUGCUAUCUAAACCCUCUCUCACCCUCGAGAAAAUUUGGCGCUUGUAAUUUACCAAAGUCGUAAAAAAAAUACCCAAAUUAAUAAAC